CCACUUCGAUAUUAUGUUACUUUCCUUUUUAGCUUUAUUUGAAGAAGAAUGGAUAAAAUGAAGACAGCCAUUGUUAUAUUGUAUAUAGCAUUUAUGGAUUUAUUUUCUGGAACUUUCUAUGUUACAGUGUUAAAUGUAUUAAAUAAAAAUAAGGAGAUGCAGUAUGAUUUGCCAAUUAAUGAGGCAACUAUCACCAGAGACCAAAUGGCAUCGCUGAUGGAAUGUCUACAGUUUCUUCAGUUAUUGCCACAACGAACGAUUCAAGUGAAGCUGCGGAAAACACAACAGAUGAAUCAGUUACUACAUCAAGAGACGUACCAAGAGCAAUAAUUGAUACCAGUGUAACAAGUGAUACCAGUGGUACAAAUAUUUUAGCAACUGGUUUAGUUAUAGGCUUGGUUAUUUGUGGUUUAUUACUAGCAUGUGCUGUAAUUGUGAUUGUUGUCCUCAUAAGAAGGCGUACAUUCAAGAGCAGACCAAGAGAAAAAAUAAGAAACAAUCUAGGAGGAAGUCAAGAUAUAGCUGUACCACUAAUUACCGCUAAUCAUUCCAGACUUAUGCAAGACGAUGUCAAAAAUAGCCAUACUGCAUUUGCAGUGCGUCUGAACACAACACUAUCAGACAAUCAAGCUCUAAAUAAUGAUAACUAUUCGACGGUGGAUCAGACAACUGAACAAAGAUUUAAUGAGACUAAAGACGACGGAACUAGACCAACAGACAGUUAUAGGGCAUUAGAUCCAUCCGUCACAGGUUUCAAUCGAAAUUUGUGUAACACUCCUUCAGUUUAUGAGUUUGCAAAGCCUGUUGGGGAUACAGAGAACAACAUUGGCGAUGAGGAUCGAUAUGGUUUCACUGCUGAAGGAGUCUACAAUCAUUCGGGAAGUAAUCGUAACGAGGAAUCAGAGAAUAACAUUGGCGAUGAGGAUCGAUAUGGUUUCACUGCUGACGGAGUCUACAAUCAUUCGGGAAGUAAUCGUAACGAGGAAUCAGAUAAUAACAUUUAUAACAAUUCCGUUGAUACCAUUUAUGACUCCGGAAGUCAUAAAAUAAAUGACGAAAAGAAAGAAGAUGGCGAUGAGGAUCAAUAUGUUUUAUCUGAUGAAGGAGUCUACGACCAUUCGAGAAUCAUUCGUCACAAUGAAUCAGAGGAUAAUAAUUGUAACAAUACCGUUGAUUCUAUUUAUGACUCCGGAAGUCAUAAAAUAAAUGACGAAACGAGAGAAGAUACAUAUGAUCAUUUCUUCGGACAAAAAACCGAAGAUCAAUAUGAUAUCUCAACAAGGACAUGAACCCAUACAAUAGACAUAUAAUAUAUGUAUAUAGAUAUUCUGUACUCGGAUAUUCUAACACAACAGGUGAUAUCUUGUUAAUAAAUAUUUGGUAGUAGUUUAAAAAAUGUCCAACAUUUUUCAGUGUUCAAUGUCCAGAGAUGUGUUCACAUGCGGAUUUUACGUUGCAAUAUGUAAGGUACGAUCAAUUUAGUUUUGACAACCAUAUUAAUGUAUCAAUAAAUACUUUUCGUGAAAAAGGGUAACAAAACCAUAUGCAGUAAUAAACUAUCAAGGAAACGAGAAAAUGCCAAGAAAAUAGUUUUUUUCUAUUUCGUGGACACCAAUGCCAAUUAUCUUCAUUAUUCAUAGCUACCACAUUAAGUGUUUCGUGGAAUUUCAAAACAAAUUUAAUGUUGUCAUAAAUUGCACGGGAGUGAACAGUGGUACAGCAAACGUCGAAUUCCCUCACACAAUGUUAUCACACACUAUAGUAUUGAUUAAAACAAUAAUAAAUUUUGAAUGGAAAUUUUUUUAAAUAUUUUGUAUUUAAAUCAUUAGCCAUUUACAAAAAAAAUAAAGAAGAAAAAAAUUCUACAGUGAAAUCAUUUUCAAUCAAUUUGAAAAGCUGUAUUACUGUCUAGGUCAGAGAUUUUUGUAAAUAGCAGAUUUAAUUAUUUUUUACACGGUUGCCUAAAACAUAAAGUAAUGAUCAAUAACAAUAAGUUGGUUUCUGUUUAGGUCGUCAGAAGAACUAAGAGCAGGAAACAUUACAAUUUAACUUGAAUCAAACGUGUGUCAUUAUAUUUGUAAUGUUUAUUGUUAUGUGUUUAUUCCAUUAGUCCAUUAUCAGUGAUUAUUGGGUGUAUUUUGUGCUCAAUAAAAUUCUUCGUUUUU